AUGGCCAUUCUUAGUAAUUCGUCGUUUCAUACAAUAUUAAUAAUAGUGGCUCUAUAUUCCAUGUGUCAACUCAUACAAGUAAUAGAAAGUCGAUUUCUUUGGGAUUUAAGUUUAUAUUGUAUUAAUUAUUGUUCACGUAACAAUGAUCAAAUGCUUCCAAUACAUGUUUGUUCGUGUCAUCGUAUUGCAUCUUAUCAUCGUCGAAUGACAAACAAUAAUAUUCAAUCAGAAAUUAAACAAGAUUAUCAAUUUAAAAAUUAUCAACAACCUAUCAAUAAUCAAUUUCCUUAA